AAAGCAGCGACCUGUCAGUCAUGAAUGCGGCACAAGAUCUGGUUUUGGACGUAACUGCGUCUGACGUCACCCCCCUUAGUAACCCUCGGCGGCGUCUCCAGGAGAGAAGGCAACAAGAUGGGAUUGCUGUCCAUCCUGCGUAAGCUAAAGAGCACACCAGACCAGGAGGUUCGGAUACUGCUGCUGGGUCUGGACAACGGCGGAAAGACUACUCUGCUCAAACAGCUGGCAUCCGAGGACAUCAGCCACAUCACCCCCACACAGGGAUUCAACAUUAAGAGUGUCCAGUCUCAGGGUUUUAAACUGAAUGUCUGGGACAUUGGAGGCCAGAGGAAGAUCAGGCCGUACUGGAGAAACUAUUUUGAAAACACUGAUGUGCUGAUUUAUGUCAUCGACAGUGCUGACAGAAAGAGGUUUGAGGAAACGGGUCAGGAACUGGCCGAGUUGUUGGAUGAGGAGAAGUUGAGCGGCGUUCCUGUUCUGAUCUUUGCAAACAAACAGGACCUGCUGACAGCCGCCCCAGCCUCCGAGAUCGCUGAGGGUCUAAAUCUGCACACCAUCCGGGAUCGCAUGUGGCAGAUCCAGUCCUGCUCUGCCCUCACCGGUGAGGGGAUUCAGGAGGGCAUGAACUGGGUCUGCAAGAGCGUCAACUCCAAGAAAAAAUAGCUUUGCUUCUAGUCUUCUGCUACUCAGGAGGAACAGCGGCAGCAGCACACACACACACACACACACACAUGCACACACACACACUGCACCCUCCUGAGCCUUAGUACGAUGGGAUAUACCUGUGAAUGUAAACACACUACUAAUCUGACAUGGACUUGGAGUUUUUAACCCCCUGCGGUCCCGUAUCGCUGAUGUUUACUAAUCUCAACACAUCCUCCUAUGUUGGCCUCUACAAAGAAGAGGGAGGAGAGAAUUGGGGGGGGGGGGGUUGCCUUCAAAGGGAGCCCAUGCCAGGAAAUCGACCCCCUCCACUCCUCCACAGUCCACCCACGUCAUCAUCGGUGUCCUAGCCACCGUCCGCCGACCCGUCACAACCUCAAACAUUCCCAUUAAACUGCUGUCUUUCAUUGGAAUUCCAGCUUUUUCUUUAAACUGUUCCGCACGGUGUCCUGGAAACCAUCCCACUCCCCGCCCUCCACCCCACCCUCCAUCUCCUCCUCUUCCCCCUCCCAUCCCCCACCCUCCCUUACAUCUCCUUCACCUGUCUCUCCAUCUCCUCCCUACAGGUUGACAUGUGUUGUUGUUUAUUUUUUAUCAUUCCACAGCGGCUGUAAGCGCUCCUUUUUUCCUGCUAUGGCUCUCUUGUUUGAAGUGAGGUAUAUUUUUGUAAUUGUUUUAUUUAUGGUGAAGUAGAGUGUAGAGUGCUUUUAAAACAACAACUGGUGUGGUGUGUGUGAUUUCAAGGAUGUUGGAGAAACGGUCCACUAAAGACUCUGCCCACUAAAGAAUAAAACUGUACAUGUUAAUAUGUAUAAAAAAGAAAGAGGAAAUUAAAUGGUCAAGAGGAACUACACCUUUUUUGGAUCAACUGUAAAUAGCUCGGCCCUGUGUUCAUAUGUUACGUUAUGCAUAUGUUAUAGAGUAUAUGUUACCCUGCUGUACUUUGUAGUCUAUAAUAUUUGCAUAUCUGAUAUAUGCUGGCAGAUUUUUAACAGAGGUAUACUGUAUGUACUGUACGUCCCAAUGCAUUUCUCUGUGCUCUCUGGGUUAGCGAGGGAAUUCACUCUUUAGGCGUCUCCUUUUGAUAUUCUUGAAUGUAAUCUGUCCAGAACUGAAGGUACUGUAUGUGAAUAAAAAGAUCAGAAAAAUGUGUCA